AUGGCCUUGAUGUUCCAAUGGCCAAUAUCACUGACAGCUAUGGGUGGUCGGGAACUAUCCCACUUUAUUCCGACCAGUCCGGCAAGUUCUGCAGGAUUGGUACCUUUGACAGAAACUCGUGAUCCGGCACUGAGUCAGUACUCCCUCAGCACACUCUUCGACGAGCUAAGCCUAGGACCGUCGACUGCAUCCACUAGCAACCUCCCUGCCAGCUCUGAUGGACAAGUCACACAAAUUGACAGUAUGCCCGGUAGAUAUGGGGAGAAUUCGUCGAAUUGUAGCCUGCAGGAUUCUCCGAGUACAUACAACCCACGUCUUGACCAUGAGUUUGAACGAUUGUCGAUAUUUUCCGACGAAUACAGUAGCAGGCAUUCUGAUGCUCUUCCUGAACGUCAUGGUAUCUCGUUAGGAAAGUCCCCAAGUGGCUUUCUUGACAAUGGAGCACGGCCGGUUUCAAAAGAUGAACAGAAUUCGGAUCAAGACCAGCACAUUAUGAUCUCUCAGAAUACGCUAUCUCCUCAAGAUGCGUGGGUGAAACCUCGAAGACCAGGACAACUCAGCCUCAAGCGCACUAGGCCGAGUUAUCGAGUCGACCUCCAACCUUCAAGUUCCAAGCGACCGACUCAUCGAGACCCUUCUUUAUUUGAUGGAGAUGACGUCUUCAUAAGUCAAGUAACAGACAAAUCCCCUCAAAAAGCAGUCGAUUCGGAUCGGGCAAAUCCAUCACUUUUGCCUUACGAAUUGAUCGACACAUACAAGCCUCGCAUCCAAAACUUCAUGGACUCAAUCUCGCAACAUCAAAUUAAUUUAAAAGAGCACCAGAGAAAGUUUUUAAUUUCCAAUUUGCAAAAGCUUUGGGAUGAUUACCUAGUUAUGAUCACCGCCUGUUCUGAGCUCAUUUCCGCGGAUGGUAUACAUACAAACCUGGCGGAAGAUCUUCUUGAUGCCUUUAAUUGGAUCUUGGUAAAAUGGUCCGAAAUCCCGAAGACUAAUCUGCGAGAGAAAGCACCCUGGCGUGCGGGUUCCGUAUACCACGACACGGUAUGGUGGCUGACUCAUCCGGUGGGUGAGAAAGAACGUAACAGUCUAGCUGCCGAGUUCAUAAAGAAAUUCAUGGCUGAUAAGCGACAGGACUGGGUUGAACGCUUAAUUCCCCAUAAAAAAUUCAUCCGAGCUUCUCCCCCUCUUUGGCGGUCGUUCAAAGCGCGACAAGCCGAGAGAAGGGGUAAGGGAAUUUAUGAGAUGACGGACGAGUGA